UGACAACUGUAUUGAUCCGUCAGAGUGUGAAAAGCUGGUCGAAUUUUUUAACUGUUUAUAGGAAACCUCAUAAUGGACCUCUUGCCUUUAGUUCCAAAAAAUUUCACUAAUCACGAAGUUACACCAAGCAUAAGAGCGGCUUUACAAACAGAACUAGAUGGAAAUAUUUAUCCAAAAGAUAUUGCGGAAAAUUAUGUUCAGAACAUUCAUUAUGAAGAAGGGGAUUAUUUACUUGAAAAUGCAAAAUCAGUAAUAGAUAUUUACGUGGAAGAAAGCAAAAAUAUCCGCAAAACGCAACUGGCAUCUGUCGACAUUAUGGUUCAACAAGCCAAAUAUUUAAUUGAAAAAGAAAAAAUAAAUAGUAGCUUUACACUAAAAGAAACUAUCAAAUUGAAACGUUGCGAUUUGUUUAAAAAAUUGGAAGACGAAUUUGUUGUAGAAUAUAAUUUAAUUCAAUCCUCUGAUCUGUUACCCGAUUUAAUUAGAAGAUAUUUAGAUUUCAGAGACGGAAGUGAUAUUUUAUGUUCAUCCUGUGACAAUAAAAUAAAAACAGUGGUUGAUAAACAUCAAAAGGAAACAGAAGUUAAGACAAAAUUCCAAGAUAAGACGGCGACAUUAGUAAGGAAAUACUCAAAUAGUUAUAAAGUGGUUCCGUGUAAUGUUAUAUUCCACAAUUAUGAAGUUGGUCAGAUAUAUCACAAAAAAGUUAAAAUCAUUAACACCAGCAAAUAUUUGCAAGCCAUCGGAUUAAAAAACUUACCGAAAUUGUCGUGUUUCAAAAUAAUGUUUGACAACAACAAUAAAAAAAUAGCUGCUGGAAUGAGCGUUACUGCCACUAUCACUUUCAAGCCGGAGGUAUACAGGACCCUUAAAGAUUAUGUUCGAUUCAAGAAUGAAUUUGGAGAAUUUGUGGAUAUUGAAAUUUGCGCUACUAGAGACGUACCUAAAUUAAUAUCAUGUGUUUUCAAAUCGAAAACUCACCUUGGGCAACAAAGCGAAACGUACCUCAGAUUUGAAGAAAGAAGAAGAGAAGCUCUAAAUUCCACCAUAGACUGCGGUAGUUGUCUUGUAAGUCAGUACGUGCUCGUUUCCGUAAUAUUAGAGAAUAAAGGAAUGCCGGGCAAGUUCUUUUUUAUAACUGAAGACGGUUGGUUCUUCAAAGAUAUCGACGAUGUUUCUUCGAGUAUGGAAUUAUUUAAAUCGGACUUUUGGAUCUAUCCAAUAUAUUUUGAAAUAGAAAAAGAUGAAAUAGUAGAAAUAACUACGAUAUUUCAACCGACUAAACCUGGACUUCAUGUAGAAACAUUAUACCUCAUGUGCGACAAUAAUACUUACCAACAGAUAGAGUUGGUAGGAGACGCCAUCGAAUUUUCCAAAAAUUUAAUAGAAAUAAUAAUACCUCCAGAUAAAAGUGGAAUAAUCAAUGAAGAGGGUUAUACUGUAUUUCUGGGCCACGUCUUUAACAAGACUACCGCAUCAUUUAUAAUAAAUAUAAGAAAUAAAAGCUCUUUAUUGUUCUGUUGUGAAUGGAAGUUUAGAAAUAAUGAAUUAGAUGGAAUCAUGAGUAUACAAGAAAAUUGGAUAACACAAAAAAGUUUCUGUACGAACUUACCGCCAUAUUCUACAUCUGAAUUUGAUUUCGACAUACAUUUAGACGCUAAUACAUUUGGUUACCACAGCAUCUUCUUCUGUUUUUAUAUUAUGAACAUCCCUUUAAUCAGCUUGAAAGAAAAUGAGGAUUUCAUUGUGGUUGAACAAGAAAAUAUUUCAGGAAAAACCCUCAGCGAAGCAGUAGACGUUCUUUGUACGGAAAUAGAAGUGUGUGUAUCAAUCAUCACUGAAGAAGAUAUACCGAAAUGCCUCUGUGAUCAGACAAGCGCUUCCACUAAACCGAAACAAAGGAUGGCGUUCUCGUGUCCUUUUAUUAAUUUUUCGAUUUUACCCCACGGCCUUGAGGUUCAAAAAGAAUUCUACAUUAGAAACGAUUCGGAGCAAACAUUAUCGUGGAAAAUAUUGGAAGUUAAAUAUAACAUAGAUGUACCUCCUCAUAUGGAAAUAAUGAAAGAAGCCCAACAGUUGAGCUUUACUUAUGGAACAUGCAAUCCUUGGGAUUAUAAGAAAUUAUAUUACAAAAUACAGAAAAAGAAACCUAUGAGCUAUGUAUCAAUCUUAGUUCUAAUAUCGCUAGACUCGGAUGUUAAUACAACAAUUGAAGAUAUUUGCAUUAUCACUUACGAAAUUAUUAAAUUUGAUAUCCAAAUAAAAACAAGGGAAACAACUUUUCCUAUAUUGUGUCCAUUGGAAAUUGUAUACAAAGGAAUACCAAUAGAUAUACAAUUUGUUGUUGAGAACCAUAGUCCUAUCAUAGGUUUCUUUCAGUUUCUUAGACCCACAGGAGAAGAUGUUGAUAAAAUGGUUGUUAAAUUGAAUCCAUCGUCGUCAGCAAUUAAACCCCUAGAGACAAUCACAGUUACAGCUACAUUAAUAUGCACAGAAACAGGAUUACUAGAAGAUUUUUACAUUCCGUGUUUUGUUGGUUUGGGUCAAGAACCAAUAACAAUCAAAGUGUUGUGUAUGGUUGAAGGUCCACGGUUAACUUUUUAUUUACCGGUAAACAGUUGCUACUUCAAGAAGGUGCCUUGGCCUCCCACGGACAAGGAUGUUUUCGAUGUUGAUGUCUGUUCUUGUACCGAGUGUCCACUAGAAGAAGAAACAGAAGAAAAUUUUUCUCGUCCAAAUUUUUUGCCAGAAGAAAUCACUGAGAGAUGUCAAAAGAAAACAACUGCUUCCAUGUCUAUUAAAAAUGGUGUAGAAACUAAAUUAGAAAAGAUAUUGAAAAAAGAAUUUGGUGAUGUGUUUUUGCAUGAAAAUAUUAUCGAAUUACGUAAUGUUCCUGUUUUCACCCCAACUAACGUAUGUAUAUUCGUCGAAAACAUAACUCCAAUGCGUAUAAAAUGUAACACGGGAGUAAAUAAUUUUCCGGUCAAGCAAAAUUUCGAUCAUGUAACUAUAAGACUUCGUUUAAAAAAGAACGAGGAAAUAUGGAAAGACUUGAUGGGUACCAACCAUGGCAUUUUGGUGCAACCUGAAGUUGAUAGCAAAAAAAUUGAACCUCACUCGAUAGUGAGGUUAGAUUUUUGGAUUUACGCAAAUACUUUCGGGAUCUACACCGAAGAGGUGGUGAUAGAAAUAGAAGAGCUACCGAUGUAUUAUUUUUCUUUAUUAAUAGAAAUUGUUGGAUGCCCCAUACAAGUGCCCAUGGCGUUAAAUAGUAUCACGAAAAAUCCUACUAUCAGGAUCGGUGCAAUACCAUUCAAUGCAACGGAAAUUAAGAGAAGACUUAAAAUACAAAACGUUAGUUCGAUUCCUGUAAAUAUUUUUUGGCGAUCACACCUGAGAGAAUCUAUCGAACAAGAUUUUGAUAAGAAUGAAGCGUGCGACUUCCUUUUGAAACUUACUAGAGAACAGGAUAACAGGAAAAUGAACGAAUUUAAUUUGGACAAUUGUGUUGUUAAGGAAACUGAGCAAUUUCUUGAUAUCGAAUCAAAAGAAACACAUAUGGAACCAUAUUCUAGUAGUUAUUUGGAUAUCAUACUCAAGCCCCAGUAUUUCGGAGAAGAGGAUGAAAACAAGGAUGUUACAAAUGAAUUCUUUGGAAUCAUCCAAAUCGAUCUCGAUUACAUGAAGAACUCAAACUACUAUUUCAGACAAAUCCAACCCGAAACGAAUAUAAUUCAACUCGAGUGUUUGACUCGGUUAGAAACGCCAUCGUUGAAAUUCGAUUUUUUCGGAAAAGAAGAAUUUUCUUUAGACAUUUAUGUCAAUGAUAUUCUAUUAAAAAAACAAUAUGGUUUCAAAGAAUACGGCGUUCUUAUGAAUAAAAGUGGAAUCGGUUUUGAAACAAAACUAACAGUUGAUUAUCCUUUUUAUUUUAAAAAGUGUAAAGCGAAAACAGUCCAAACGAAAGAAGUAUAUUUAAAUCCAUACGAUAUUUCAGAGUUAACUCUUCAGUGUCAAUUUAAUCCCGAUGAUCUGCUGGAAUUAAGUUAUAUAUUAUAUCAACAAAAAACUUCAUAUCCCGAAGAAUACAACCCAAAACUUCUCAAGGAUUUGGAUGAAAUUACUACUGAUAAGGAAAAGAAAAUAAUUUACAUUACGAAAAGUCUAAUCGCUACACAACUCAAUAAUAUUUUACAGUUGCCUAUAAAAAUGACUCUUUACUAUCCACAUAUAUCAGUACAACCAUCCAGCGUUGAAUUUGAUAACGUGUUAAUAAACCAGACCUAUAAAGAUAUGAUAACCGUUUUCAACCACACAGGUUCUAUUGUGAAAUUUGAAAUCAGUAAAUCAUGCGAGGCAAAUUGUUUCGUGGUUACCCCACAUUUCGGAGAAAUACCACCCUCGACAGGAACAAAUAAACAGAGUGUUAAUAUUUUCGUUUAUUUUUUUGCGAAUGAAUGCAAAAAAUAUUCAGAAUCUUUUAGGGUGUUGACGAAUAUUCCCAAUUAUUUUAUAGAAAUUCCGGUGAAAGGAGCUGGCACAAUCAACGAAAGAUUCUCAACAAAUUAUAAAACAUAAAAAAAUUCUAUUGUUUUUAUACGAAUAUAUUUAUCUGCCAUU